GAUUGCAUAUUAGUUCAUGUGGCAACAUUGGUACAUUUACGAAAAAGUGAUGAAUUAUUCAUGUUAUCGCAUAAAUUAGUCGAUAACCAGCCGGAUCAUGAAUUCACUUGGUAUGCUGUUGGAUGUUAUUAUUAUGUGAUUGGACAGUUCGGUGCUGCUAAAAAUUUUCUCAAUAAAUGUAUAACAAUGAAUUCAUCAUUUGGUGAAGGUUGGCUUGCAUUCGGGCAUGUCUUAUCGGCUGAGUCUGAGCACGAACAAGCUAUGAACUGCUAUCUCAGGGUGUGUUCAUUCUUACGUUUUGUUUUUACAUUGAUAUUUCGGUGUGAGUUCUUUUCAGGAGUCUGCUCUUUUCUCAGCAGAUGA